AAAAUGCACUCAGAAGUGUGAGUAUGGAAAUGAGCGAAUUGAGAUACAACUAUUGAACACUUUUUAAAAAUACACAAUUUUGUACAAGUUUGUAAUUAAUUCGGGAUGACGACUGUGGGUUUUAUUUGAUGUGGAGUUAUUUUCGAUUGGUCGCCACCUAGCGGAUGUUGUUGUGCACUAGACACGUGCCACGUGGCUGGAGUCAACACGCCCGGCUUAGGGAGUCAGCUGAGUUUAGUGGGCUGAGUUUAGUGAGCUGAGUUUAGUGAGCUGAGUUUAGUGCUCAGUCUGGCGGUGAGCAGCUGACAACUUCGCGCUGCGCCUGAGAGACUUUGUGUCAGGUGAAAAAAAUGCUACCAGACAGGAUGUAUGAGGACAAUGGAGCGCAGUGGUGCAGCAGACAUGAACUGGAACAUGAUCUCCAUUUGGCCGCCAAGCUCGGGAAAACCCUCUUGGACCGCAACCGCGAGCUGGAGCAGGGUCUCCAGCAGAUGUACUCCACCAACCAGGAGCAGCUGCAGGAGCUGGAGUACCUGGCCAAGCAGGUGGAGAUGUUGCGGCAGAUGAACGACCAGCACGCCAAACUUUAUGAGACCCUGGACCUGUCCACCAGGGAUUUGGAACGGGGAAACCAGAGACUGGUGCAGGACAACCGCCUGGCCCACAACAAGAUCCACAGUUUAACCGAGUCAACAGACGUGCUACAAACCCACAUGGAGGACCUGCACAACCAGGUGGAGGCGCUCAUGUCCGCCCAGGUGGAGCGAAACAAACAUGAGACCAACACAGAACAACGACGCAGCUUGGGAGCUCAGAGUGUUUCUUGUCUGAAGGAGCUCUACGACUUGCACCAGGACAGGUGUGUCUCUGGCAACAGGAGACAAAUAAAGGACUUUGGGUGGUCUGAUGGCGAGACAGAAGAGGAGCACGCCGCUCUUCUCCGCUCGCUCCAGACUCUCAAGGCUCAGUUAGCCGCUGAGACGGGUAUGAGGGAGGCGGUGGAGCGUGAGAAGGAGCUGACGAGCCAAGAGAAGCGAGGCCUGGAGCAACAUCUGGUGCAGCUGCAGGCGUGUCCUGGCAGGCAGACCACCCUGCAGGCCCAAGUGGAGCACCUGAGGCUCCUGUGGCGUGCCGACUGUGCCGCCAGGACGCCCCCCCGGGAGAUGCCGCCGCCUGACGCCGUCGUCUUCACCCCGGAGGAAAAACCCGAAGACGGUCAGGUUGAAACGGAGGAGGCGGGACGCGACGGCGAGGUCUCGGCGAGGGAGGUGAACAUGGACGACCACGACAGGAUGUGCGUGAGGCGAGCGGAGGUGGUGAAGCGGAGGGGCAUCUCUCUCCUCAAUGAGGUGGACGCACAGUACAACGCACUGCAGGUGAAAUAUGACCAGCUCCUACAGAGGUGUCAGCAAGCAAGCGAGGGACUCACCCACAAGUCCGUCCAGACGUCCUGUAGACCCCCAGCCGGCGAUGGACACCGUCGACGCCCGGCGAGCUCGGCCGGAGGCUUCAUGGCGGUGUCAGAGGAGCCGGAGUACAAAGUUCUCUUCAAGGAGAUCUUCACCUGCAUCCAGAAGACCAAAGACGACCUGCAGGACAACAGACUUUUAGUCAGAGACACUUCUGUUAGUAUGUGAUUGUAUCAGUCCUCAUCCUGGAAGUGUGUGUGUGUGUGUGUGUGUGUGUACGUGU